UCUUAUGGGAGCGCAGGGAGCGCGGAUGGCGGGAGCUCGGCGCGGAGCGGCGGCCCCCGCAGGGGCGGCGGGGCCUGGGAUCCGGGGGCGACUGCACGGCCGGCAGCAGCCGCAGCAGCGGGGGAAGCAGGGCUCGGCGCCGUGGCCCCGGCCGCGCAGCAAAGAGAAGAAGAAAGUGAAUUGCAAGCCCAAGAACCCGGAUGAACAGGAAAUCCCUUUCCGCCUCCGAGAGAUUAUGAGGAGCCGCCAGGAGAUGAAAAACCCCAUCAGUAACAAGAAGAGGAAGAAAGAGGCCCAGGUGGCCUUCAGAAAGACAUUGGAGAAGGAAGCAAAGGGCGUGGAGCCAGACAUCGCCGUCCCCAAGUUCAAGCAGGGGAAGUGGGAGUCCGAUGGGGCCUUUAUCCAGCGCAUGGAGCAGGAGGCCAAGCAUGUGCUGUUCCUCAGCAAGAACCAGGCUGACCGGCAGCCUGAGACACAGGCAGCUCCCAAGAAGGAGAAGUCGGAGCGGAAGAAAGCGUUCCAGAAGCGGCGAUUGGAUAAAGUCCGGCAGAGAAGGGAAGAAAAGGCAGCAGAAAGGCUGGAGCAGGAGCUGCUCCGAGACACGGUGAAGUUUGGUGAGGUCGCCCUGCAGCCCCCAGAGCUGACCGCCAGGCCCAGAACGGGCAUGAACAGAGGCCAGCCUGGCAAGAAAUCGCUGAUGCUGAGGAUGCUUUUGAGCCCUGGUGGUGUGUCCCAGCCUCUGAACACCUCGCUGGCUCGGCAGCGGAUCGUGGGGGAGGAGAGAGAGAGGGCCGUGCAGGCCUACAGGGCACUAAAGAAGCGGCAGCAGCAGCAGCAGGGCGCACGGUCACCACAGACACCCCAGGCACUCCACCUCCCUUCUGGGAAGACGCCAGAGCCACACCUGUGAUGCUGAGAGACCAGGCCGCUGCAGCUGGGUGGAGAGGGACGGCAGACCACCUGCAGAUGAGCAGCCUUUCCCUGGACACACCUGGGACUCCCAGGGCCUAGCACACCACCUCUCAAGAGUGGGAGAGGGUGCCAGGUCCUUGCUGUCUCGUUUUUUCCUCCUUAAGGACUGCUCUUUCACGAGUGACCAUCCGCUGGACCCAUAUCUCGCGUGGGGCAUCGUCCGUCCCCUGAGCCCCCAUAGAUGGGGCCCGUGCCUGGUUGAGACGCAGCCACUUGGGCACACCUGAUGUCACUCACAGCUUUGUUCUGGACACACAGGUCCAGGCUGAGACAUAACCCAGGGCCACUUUAGCGGGGCCAAUCCUGUAAUCCUGUCCCUAGAUGGCUACUAAUUGUAGACGCUGCCGAUUUAGGUCGACUAAAUUGAUAACAGGCUCAGCUGGAUUCAACAGAGCAGCAUGGCUGAACAUGCGGGCCAGCACUGGGGGAGGAGGGACAGACCCCGGGGCAGGGGUCAGCGUCAUCACCUAGACCUGCUCGUGGCUCCACUCUGACGGUCCCCACAGAGGUCGGUGGAGCCCACCCAAGUUUUGGUUCAGUUGUGGAGACUGCUGAUGCCAUCCACACUUGAGAAGAUUUGAGGUUUGGUCCUUAUGUCAUCGAGGUCCCUGUGGCGAGCAGGGCACACCUCUCAAACAGGUCCCAAGAGGCUUGACAGCGAGGACAGGAGCCUCGCCUGGGACUCCUGUGGUUAGAGGGCCUGAGCAAGAGUUCCUGCCAAGAGUAGUGCCUGGCAAGGUUUGAAUCUCCCACUGGUGCCAACGGACGGAGCACCCCGAUUUUAUCAGUGUGCCCAGAUGUGGGGCCCGGGGGAGCCGUGAAGGCUGUCAGCUGUCAGAUGGAGGAAGGGAGUGGGGCUGUGCACCCCCUCUGAGGAGGCCGGCCACCAGCCCCUUGCUGGUGCGUGGCUCAGGCCCUUCCUAUUGGCACAGACAGGAGCUCACUAGGUGCGGGUGGGCCCAGCCAGUGUGUACGUGCAGUGGAGUGGGGUCUUUUUGCCCUUCCCUUGAGGUGGGAUGCACUGUUCCCGCAGGGUGUGGGUGGUACUGUCGCUUCUGUAGUCUGAGUGCAGACUUGUCAGGGUUUUAGACUCAGCAGCUCUGGUUCCGAGAACCAGGAGGUAGAGUUGUGGGUGCCGCGGGAGUGUGGGUGGGUGGGUGGGUUUGCUGAGCUGACCCCUGACUUCUUAGGAUCCAGGCCGCAGGGACACUGGGCAGGAGGAGGGGGAGGUGUGCACCUGGGCUCCUGUUGUCCAGAAAGUCAGCAUUUUAACAACAAAAACUAGGAGCAGAGCUCUCGGAGAACACCACCACCGUGGUAGAGCAGGCUCCCCUGACUCGGCCUCUAGGGCGCACAGGGUGGUUAGGACCGGGAACUCGGUUCACUUCCCACACACGGGACCAGGGCCCUGGGGCCAACCUUGCCCCGUGGGAAGACCUGUGAGAGCCAGCCCAGGGCAGCAGGGUGUCUGGAGGGCGGGCCGAAGUGCCUCUGCUGCCUGGCUGGCGGCUCCGGCUCAGUGACCGCGCCUUCUGUGCGGAGGGAGCCGGGCCUGCAUGGAUGCAUUGGAAUCAGAGUUGAGGGUUUAGCGCUGCUUCUUUCUAAGCAUUCCUCAAAGUCUGGCACGUUGGAGACGGUAAUAUUUGCCUUUUAUUUGAAUGCCUUGUAUUUUUAUUCCCUUAUUCAUUGGGUGACAUGCAUGAAGGGCACAGGAUUGAAUGAAUUCUGGAGGGAGCCGACUUCCAAACAGUCCCUCUGCUUCUCAAGCAGAGCGUCUGGGUUUAGACGCGGGCUCUGGGUGUCCUCCAGCCUACUCCUGGUCACCAUCUUCAGUGGUUACUUCAGUCACUCACUAAAACUGGUCUGUGCUCUGGGGACCUCCAGGCACCACUGGCGCUUCUAGAACUGUGGUUCUGAACCUCUUUCUGGCUUACGGGUCUCAUCUGACAAAAUACCAGGGAGAUCAUGAGGAACAGGACAAGAAUUUCUACUGUCAUUAGUUAAUAUUGUCCUGGAAUUUCUGGUCAGAGGAAUAAACCAAGAAAACAAAUGUAACAAACUGUUUGCCAAGUGAUAUGGUUGUGGACCUGGAAAACCUCAAAAUAACAGGAAAACAUAUAAUACAGAAUGUAUAUUUGUAUCAUUUAUGUGAAUAAUUCAAAAAAUAUAUGCAAUUUAGAUAUGAAAUAUAAACAUGUAGUGUAUAGA